GGAAGAGCGUCCAGCAUUGCUGUGGGUGAUGCUGCUGCCGCAUUUCUCGCACAGACGCUCGCUGAGAAUGUGCGAGACAGAAGGGGAGCCAGCGUGCUGCGGCCUGGUAUCCGCAACAUGCUGAGAAGAUGCUGGCAGGCACUGGCAGUCUGGCUGUUGCACUGGUCUCUGUCGCUCGUCUUGUCGCUUUCUCUUUUUUCUCGCCGGCAAUCCACCGACUACUACACCACCCAUCAACUUGGGAUCCAGGUCUUCGUAGAGUAAGAGGCCAUGUCUGCAGGAGAUCCAAACCAGGUGGCAGCUCUUCUAGCUUCUAUCACUGCAAAUCUUAAAGCAGGCCAACAAGGACAAGCGCCGCCACCACAAUCGCAGCAGCAACAGCAUCAUCAACAGCCCAAUCCCUAUCAUCCUGCUCCACAGCACUUGCAAGGAGGAUCUCAUGCUCCACUUCCACUGCCAUCUGGCCUUCCUCAACCAUCUUCCUCCGGUUCGAUCGACCUCUCGCAGCUAAGGCCAUCCUCAGUGGGCAGCAUGCCCAUGCCAGGCUACGAUACCAGACAUGCAGAUCAUGGCCCCGGGCGCUACGGGCAACCUCCCGCUCCCUACGGUGACGCGUACUCUCAUCCUCCUCCUCCUCCUCGGCCCUACGAGUCUGGGCCGGACCGUUACCGUGAGCGAGAUCCCUAUGCAAGCCAUCACGCUCGUUACGACGAUCCGUAUGCACGUCCACCACCGCAUGAUUAUGAUCCACGCUCCAGAAGCCCUCGAAACGGAAGGGACCCGCGUGACAGGGACAGGCCGUACUAUAGCAGAGACCGUUCCCUCUCGCCGCCCCGUCGCGGUGGACGAGGUGGUGGCGGCGGCGGUGGUGGUGUUGGCUACGAGGAGGACUCCAAGGUGACAGAGGAUCUCAUGGUCGAUCAAGGGUAUGUUGGUCUCAUUAUCGGUAAAGGCGGCGAGAAUCUCAAGCGUGUUGAGCAGACGAGCGGCUGCAAAGUACAAUUCCAGCCUGAAAGCGCUACAAAACCAGGAGAGCGUCUGGCCUUUCUGAUCGGCUCGCCGCACCAGAUUUUGAGUGCGCGACGCAUGAUUGAUGACAUUGUCGAUGAAAACAUCGCCGUCAAGGGCGCACUGCCCGGUGCACGCCAUCAGAUCCGCCCACCAAAGCCUCCGUCAGGUGGUCAAUACGAUAACUCGCGCUUGCUAGCAGAAGAGGCAACGUCACCCGAACGACUUGUGCAAAUGCUGGUCCCUGACAAAACGGUCGGUCUCAUCAUCGGCCGCGGCGGAGAGAAUAUCAAGGACCUGCAAGCCAAAUCGCGCGCCAAGAUCAACAUCGUGCCAGAGAGCCAGUCUGUCAAUGGUCAUCGGCCUAUCAACUUGCUUGGUGAGCCAGAGGCGACAGCCAAGGCCAAGCAACUCAUCCUCCAGAUCGUCGCAGACGAUGAAGCCGGUAUUCCAAUCUCGCGUAAACCAGCUCCAGAAUCCCUUGGUGCUGGGAGUAGACAAGAAGUCCUUCGAGUACCAAAUGACGCCGUGGGUAUGAUUAUCGGAAAGGGAGGCGAGACCGUCAGGGACAUGCAAGCGACCACCACCUGCUCCAUCAAAGUGGCGACAUCUAGCGACGGAGACUUCAGAGAUAUCACUUUGACUGGCACAGAUCCGACCAUUGCACACGCAAAACAUUUGAUUAACGAGAAGGUCAUGGCCGCCACAGACCGAAACACGCGUGGUAACGCGGGGGCUGGCUCGGGCGCUAAUGCCUACGCAGCUGCCAGCCAGCGUCCAGCCGACUAUACACAGUCUUAUAACUCGGCAGCCUACGGCAGUAAUGUCGCUGCUGCUGCUCCGGCAACUGACGACCCAUAUGCACCUUAUGGGGGAUACGACGCGUACAUCAAGGCUUGGCAGCAGUAUCAGCAACAGCAACAACAAUGAGAUGGA